GAAUGGCAGUCUCUAUAGCAUAGCUCAGUUGUCGUCCAAGAACUCUCACAGUGAGGCUGCCGCAGUUCUUCUGUCGCUUCUUGUGAACAUUGUUGCAGUUCCUUUGUUCACGAUUUGAGGUAUCCAACGACUCGUAAGAAACCCGGUGAACAUAAAGGAGGAGGACUUGUCGAUCCUUUGUGAAUUAUAUAUAAUAAAAAAAGCUUCAAGAUGGUGAACCUAAGAACGGCCCUGGGUGUCCACGAACUGAUGGAUAAGAAAGCUGGACUGUACCGAGCUCUUUUCGCAGAAUUUUUAGGGACUAUGCUUUUAAAUUUCUUCGGUUGCGGUUCGGUUGCCACGAACAAUGUGCUGGCGAUAAGCUUCGCUUUCGGAUUGGCUGUCGCCGCUAUUGUACAGGGCAUCGGUCACGUGUCCGGUGGUCACAUUAAUCCUGCAGUCACCUUCGGCCUGGCAGCCAUUGGCAAGGUACCCAUUAUUAGGGCGAUCCUCUAUGUGCUGGCACAGUGUGUUGGCGCGAUAGCAGGAUCUGCAGUAUUGCGAGCCCUAAGCUUGGAAAGUAUUCCGAGGGGAACAGUUGCCUUGGCGAAAGGGGAUUUCAACUCUGCCCAGGGUCUGGGAGUAGAGUUCUUUCUGGCUUUGAUUCUUGUUGUUGUCGUUUGCGGUGCCUGCGAUGCAGGCAAACCUGACAGCAAAGGAAUUGCACCGUUGAUCAUUGGCCUUACUGUCACACUGUGUCACAUUGUUGGCAUUCCGAGAACAGGUUCGGGUAUGAAUCCCGCUAGAUCGUUGGGCAGCGCUGUUAUUGAAAAUGCCUUUAACGAUCAUUGGGUAUAUUGGGUAGGACCCAUUCUUGGAGGCAUUGCUGGGGCUCUUAUUUACGUUCAUGCUUUGGGACCAGCUAAGGAACCGGAACUACCCAAACCAUACUCGACCGUCGCUACUGAAGAGAAAGAGCGGUUCGAGUACAUAGACAGCGGAAGGGGUGGCCUGUGAAGUUAUAAAAAUCAAAAUGGGCGAGAGCAAGCAUUAAAUGGAAACCUAUUAAGAUAAGUAAGAGAUCUACGAAAAAUGCUCCCCUUCUUUUCCAGCUCCAGCGGCUUACCGGAAAGAAGGGCGCCAAUCCUGCUUGACACCCUGACGCUUUAAUCGCCCGACUAACGAGCAUCGCUCCUUGCGCGACGCCAUAACCAGCAUGACGCAUAUUAUGCUUACCUACAACUACGAGUAGUUUAAAGCGCUAAAUUAAGAAACGUACAAAAUUCUUAUCAUACCAUUCACGAUAUCACCGGUUUUAUCCUGUUCCUGUUUUGAUUAUUUAGCGAACUAACGUUAUUCGUCUCAUUCGUCAUCUCGAAAUUAUCUCUCUUUGAUUACAUUUUUAUCGCAAUCAUCUAUCGUCCAGUGGUAAUUACUCUUUUUUUUUUUAACUAAAGUCAAUCAUUAUUUCAUUUAUCACAGGCACGCGGAGCUGGGCCGUAACGUCAUUUUCAUUUAAUUAAUAUAGUGCAGCAUAUAUUUAAUAAUCGAGAUACGUGGAUGGUGCGUACGUAUAAGUAUUAUACUAGUUGUUCGAUUUAAGAGAAAAAACAAGGGAAUCCUGCCCCGUGAUUGUGGGGAGAAGUUACAAGAAACAAAUUGACGGAAUCGAGUCCCAAUUUACUCAACGGAAAAAUAGGCUGAUAAUUAUACUUUAUAAUUGUCAUACCUAUUUUCUUGUUUUCUUAUUAUUCUUGUCGUUCACUCAAUAGACAGAACAUGUAAUAUUAUGAAUAUGCAUGUUAAACACGUGCCAGGUGCAUUUUUGUAGUAUAGUUUAGUAAGUAACUUAUGACUGUAUACCUUAUCCACGUAAUGUGCAAUAAAAAAAAUGUACGCAUGUUUUCUAUA